AUGGACGAGGGCUCAGAUAAGACCCCUCUGCGCAAGAGGGUGUCGCGAGCCUGCGAUCGCUGUCGUAGCAAGAAGGACAAAUGUGACGGUAUUCGUCCUACAUGCUCUGCCUGCCGAGCAUCCGGUCAACCUUGUUCAUACGAUCCCCAUGCGAAGAAACGCGGAUUACCCGAGGGCUACGUCCGGGGUCUGGAGAAGCUGUGGGCACUGUCGAUCUGCAACAUUGACGGGUUCGAGGACACCAUGCUGGCUAUGCUAGGAACCACCGCCGAGUCUGCCGGCCGUCGCGAGAAACUAAUGUCGGUGUGGUCGGAUGACAGUGCGUCAGAAAGCUUACACGAAUCGUGGAAGACGAGUCGGUUAUAUGGGGCGCUGGAGAAGAUGCUCUCCAAUUCCGAUGCGCCACAAGGAGCGGUGACGGGGAAGAGGCUGCGAAACCCGCAAGAUGGUCAGGAUGGUCGAUGGCUUCGAGUAGCUCGCAGCUCAACUCCUCUCGGUCCGGAUGCGCCGCGCGUGGUGGGGCCUUCUCCUGCGUCUCCGAGGGUCAAACGAGCGCGAUUGUCGCAAAACCCAGAGACUCGGGGGGCUUCGACUAGUCUCCACACGUUGCAGCUACCCCCGCAGACCUCACAGCUACUCGAUAUCUAUUUCGCUGUUACACAUUCAUGGUUCCCUAUCGUCGCCAAACACAACAUUCUUCGCGCUUCUUACCUCUAUGCCAAUUCUCCUGUCUCUGUUGGGACGACGUCCCCGGGAUCCGGAGAUCAUGCCGCACUGUGGGCAAUCCUAAGUUAUACCAUCACCCAAUCUCGAACAAACUCACGGGCCGGUCCCGCUGGAACCGUUGCUCUCGUGAAAGAAUACUAUGCCGUGUCGCGAAGCCUCAUUCCGACGGAGAAAGACCGUUAUGAACUUGGCCAUAUCCAGGCAUUGUUGCUCCUGUCCUUGGUCAAUAUGGGCCUGGAAGACCUGACAGCAGCUUGGUUGCUAAGCGGCCAAGCAGUGCGCAUGGCUCUUGCCAUGGGCCUGGGUACUUUCACCGACAGUCGGCGGUCUGAUGAACUCAGACAAGGCAAGGCUGUCUUUUUGGGAUGCUUUGUCAUUGAUUCAUUGCUUUCUUUCCGACUAUCUCGAAGUCCCGCCAUGCCUCCUGGUGAUAUAUCCUCUGUUGGUCUUUUGGAGGAAGACGGCCUAGAAGAAUGGAACUCUUGGGUCGAUGUUCUACCGCCCACAGGUGCUUCACAAGGCAGCAAAACUCCUCCACGUCGAGGGCCACUUAUGGCUCUGAGUUGCUUCAAUCGCUUGGUUGAAUUGGCGACUGUUCUCAAUAACAUUUCUAGGAACAUGCACUCAGGCUUGAACAUGGGGACCUUUGCUCAGCAAUUAGUGAUAGAGCUUAAACGAUGGGAUGACCUUCUGCCACUUGGUUGUCGUCUUAUUGGACCUGAAAGCAUCUAUCCAGAACGGCAUUCGGCUUUGCUUCCCCAUCAAAGCUACCUCGGGCUGACUUAUGUGGCCACACUACUUUGGCUAUACCUGCAGCUGAUUUCAGGAGAGCAGGGUCUACACCGCUCUCAGCGGCCAGCUACAGAGGGAGCCAAGAAGCUUCUUUAUCGCGGCUUGUCCAUGAUCACCCAGCACCUCGAGAACUUCCCUGUUUGUGGACUCCCACCUUUGUUUGAGUUAAGCCUUCGCACAAUUGCCGAGCAGGCAUUCUCACUGCGGCAGACUGCCGACUCGGCCGACACAUUCCCUUUCGCUAGAUGGGCAGAAGAGUUCAAACACAAAACGGCUGGAUUCGGUUCCACCUGGCCAGCCUACAGCUCUUUGGUUUCUGCCAUGGAAAGGUGGCAACAAUCCAAAGACGUAGUUGGACCAGCUGCCUUUUCAGGGCAAGCCGGCAAUGCACCAGUGUUCCCAUUCCAGGGCAGUUCAUCUGUACCAGGCUCCAUGCAACCUCCGAAUGGAGCUCGUGGCCUAGUCUCCAAUGGCGAAGGCGAUUACAGCUCUUCCAUUCUUGGCAUCAGCAUGCCAGUCGACGCACAAUCCAUAACACUUAAAGAUACAGUCAUGGAGAACGCAGAUAUGGGUAUGAUGGACGUCUCCAUGCAUCGGCCGAUAGAACCCCCACAAGUCUUACCGGACCAACCAAUUCCGCGCAGUGGCCCAGAUUCCAUGUAUGCCCCGAAUAGCACACCAUCACAGCCACAACAAUCACAACAACCUCAAACGCCCGACUCGACAAGCUCAGGCUCGAUGAUGCCCGGAAAUACCGCAUCCAUGGGUGAUAUCGAUGCCAUUUUCAAGGAUCUCGCAUACCUUGAUACCACGGAGUGGGCCACCAACCGUGAAGCUGGCCUGAAGGACUUUGGCUUCCUGGAUGAAAGUACUUUCCAGGCUUUCUGUCAUGAUCCGGAUCGAUUGGUUGGAUCACAGCCUUUGGUUCAUCCGCCUUCCAUUGCAGAUAUUUGGCCGCCUCCUGGAUUCUUCCCGGAGACUUUCCAGGAGGUUCCCGAAGAAUCUAUGGCUGGCUGA